ACACCCGCAUCAAAGCAGCGCCUCUCUCUCUUUUCUCGCAGGUUUGCAUUGCCAAGGGUAUAAGCCGAGGUCUAUUUUUGGAAACUGUAGUGGCCAUUUUCUCCCGCUUUCUUUGUGUUUGGUGCAUUUUGUUUUUGUUGUUUUUACAUUUUAUUUUUAAGUCUGUGCGUCGUCCUGCGUACACGCGAUGUGAGCAUCACUGUGGCCGUGUAGGUUUUGGAAUGGAGGACACCUUCCGGCUGCACAUUUCGCAUUUUCUAAUCGCAUUUUAAUCCCACAUGAAAACAACAGUUUUUGAAAUGAAGAUUGGGAGGAAGCUUUAGCCCACGGGGGACGAGACAACAUUCGGGCCUGCAGCGUGGGGGCUUUUCACGGACCGGUGUUGCGUGGAAACCGAACAGAAGACCUGGAAUCCGACUGCAUUUUCCUUGCUGCAAGGUGGUCAUAGUCUGCAUGGAGCCGACAAGGAGAGUCGACUAGGUGUCAGAUUCACAGAGGUGAGACGUUUUGGUCCGGUUCCAAUAACGGAGCUUUCCUCCCACUGGUCCUAAUCACCCGUCCUCUGCCGCUCCGCUGACCCUCGGCAGGCAUUAUGGGUACAGUGCUGUCCCUCUCUCCCAGCUACCGCAAGGCCGCCCUGUUUGAGGACGGCCCGGCUACGGUGGGUCACUACACGGCCGUCCAGAACAGCAAGAAUGCCAAGGAUGCUGCAGCAGCUGCUGCAAAAUCCCUCAAACGUCCCUCCAUCAUCAGCGUGCUGCCGUGGAAACGUAUCGUGGCCGUGUCAGCAAAGAGGAAGGGCUCCAAAAAGCUGCAGUCCGACAGCGGCGAUGGCGGGAAAGGAUGCUCGCCAGACGCGGACGCCGUCAUCACCUCUAGUUCGGCUUCCAACAGCUUGAAGCUGAAGAAGUCGCAGUCCUGCGCAAACCUUUCCUCUUACGCUUCCAGUCAGGAUCCCUCGACCACCACAACUACCUCUUCCCACCUCCCCACCUCCAAGACCCUGAUUAAUGUAGCAACAGUAGCUGCCAAAAAGAAUUCCCUAACAGGCUCCGGGAUCCAACCUUCGACUGCAGUUGGCACGCCCAAGCGUGUUAUAGUUCAGGCCUCCACCAGUGAGCUGAUGCGCAGCCUCGGUGAAUUCCUGUGCCGCCGUUGUUACCGACUGAAGCGUCUCUCCCCGACCGAUCCGGUCCUGUGGCUGCGCAGCGUGGACCGCUCCCUCCUCCUUCAGGGCUGGCAGGACCAGGGCUUCAUCACCCCGGCCAACGUGGUCUUCCUCUACAUGCUGUGCCGCGACGUGGUCUCCGCCGAGGUGGCGUCGGAGCGCGAGCUGCAGGCGUCGCUGCUCACAUGCCUCUACCUGUCUUAUUCCUACAUGGGCAAUGAGAUCUCCUACCCACUGAAGCCCUUCUUGGUCGAGGCUGAGAAGGAGGCCUUCUGGGACCGCUGCCUGGAGAUCAUCAACCGCAUGAGCGGCAAGAUGCUCCAGAUUAACACCGACCCGCACUUCUUCACCCAGGUGUUUGCUGACCUGAAGAAUGAGAGCAAGAAAGAAGAGGAGAAGACCAAACUCUUUAUAGGCCUCGACCGAUAAAAGGACGUGGGAGGUGGGAAGAAAGAAUGAAUGGAGGGUGUUAAUAUGUCAAGGACAGGUGGACUACUGUAAUGCAGUGUACUUUAAAACAGUGGUGUUGUCUGGCGUCUCUAAUGUUUUAUAGUUGUGUUAUUUAGGACAACGGGGGCACAGAAACGGGCAGACAUGAUCUGCUAAGUCUCUGAAGACUACUGUGCCUGACAAAGGUAAAAUCGUACAGUGACUACGCCAGGGGUGUCCAAACAGAAUACCGAAAAAUUGAAGGAUGCGGGUGAGCCAUCUUUGAUGCAUUUGAUGCUCUCACCAAUCCAGUGUAGGUCAGUACAUGCUAAGCUAUUGACAUCUUAGCAUUGUGUCAUAGGCAGCAAAGCAAAAUAGUGUAAUAUCUAAUCAUAUAUCUUAUUAAUAAUGGAUUUUAUGUUUAGAAUUUGGCUGAAUACCAAAUUGGCCGCACUUUAAACACCCCUGAACUAGGUCAUGACAUUUUUGGGCCAAUUGCUGAAUUUGGCAUUAAUCAAGAAUAAAGGCUGCGGGUCAGGCACAAGCUUUGUGACCUGUGUGUUGCAUCAGUGAGGUAAGAAUUGUCAGUCCUGUGUCAAGUGGUAGUGAUAGUCUUUUUUUCUUUGUGACUGAAAGAUUAGAAACACCAGACAACAUGCAGUUAGAGUAUGUAAGUAAAGCUGAGUAGUAUACGUAAUCAUAAAAUUACAGGAUACUGAUACCGCGUCGCAUGAGGUCACGUCAUAAGUCACCGGUCAUGACCACCUGCUUAUUGCCAACUCCAAUUAACCUUAUUCCUAUUCUCAUAAGCUUAGACUUAUUGCACUCAUCGACACUCUGGUUUUUAAUGAUGUUCUUAUGUGGGGGCUGCUUGGAAUUUCAACAGUGAGAGCACAUAUUACAGUGGAACUCGUUUAAGUCGGUCCCCGUUUAUGUUGGCAACCCGUCCAUGCCGACCGACUCUUCAAGUCCUGAUCCACCGUGUUCUUAUUACUAAAAAGCGCCCGCUUAAUUUGACGUAGACAUACAUUGCUGAUGUCAAAUUUGAGAUCCAAAAAGGUUAUUUCUAUGAAAAAACUGUUAACUUCAUCGUGAUUAGGCAGCGGUGGCUCAGGAGGUAGAGGAGGAGAGACCGUAGGCGCAAAUUGGCAGCCACGUUUCCGGCAGACCACCCCGGGGCAGCUGUGUCUACAGAUGUAGUUUACCACCACAAGUGAGUGAAUUAAUAAUGGGUUCAUGGGUGCCUUGAAAAGCACUAAAUAAAGUCUAAUCCAUUAUUAUUAUCGCUAAGCGGCGUGAAACAGCAACAUCACUGCUGCCUAGUUAGACGGGAUUAAAAUGUGCACGCAGUUCAGUGCAGAAGUAAGCUUUAGGGGUGUGACAAGCUCUUACGAGAUUAAAGAUUUCUCGUUAAAAAAAAUGUCUCCCUGGCAUUAGGCCUGGGAGGAGCCCUUUUGUUAGUCAUACAGUCUCUUUGCAUCAAUGGGUGGAGGCGGGGCCCGUAGCAUUCACAUAGAGUGCAGAAGAGUGUAACGUAAAUUGUGAUGUAUUGUUUAUAUAUUUAAUAUUUUUUCUUUGUACUUUUCUUAAUGUUAAUCUUGUGUAUCGUCUCGUCUCAUGACACCCCUAGUUAGCUUCAGUUAGUUCAUUCUACCCAUUUUCUGGCCAAAAAAAGUAAACUUGGAAGCAAUGGUUAGUUUCGGUUUCAGUGAUGUCGACAACCGCUUGUGUCAUUGAUGCCAUGAUGUAGACAUAAACAAGUUCCACUGUAUUAUCACCGAACAGGCCCAGCAGUAAAUUGUUUACAAAAACAUAGCAAAAUGCAAUACUGACCCCUCCAAUGCUUAUCCUCAAUGGGGAGUUAUAUAAUAACUCCUCAUUCUCCUGCACUUUUUCCUUAGGUCAGGGUUGUCCAAAGUUUAGCCUGGUGGCAAACCAAAAUGGCCGGCUACCUGUACAUCUUACAAAAUGUCUUUGAUGAUUUUUGUGCGUCACUCUUGCCACUCUUCGGCGGAGGGUGCAAAUAAGCAGGGUUCUGGGUGGGAUGGAUGUCGGGUCUGGGACCCCUUAUGUAUGAAAAUUCGAUGCCGCUUGUUCUCAUCAGGGUCGCGGGGGUAUGCUGGAGCCUAACCCAGCUGACUUUGGGCGAGAGGCGGGGUACACCCUGGACUGGUCGCCAGCCAAUGGCAGGGCACAUAUAGAGAAACAACCAUUCACACUCACAUUCAUACCUAUGGACAAUUUAGACAAUUUAGAGUCGCCAAUUAACCUAACAUGCAUGUUUUUGGAAUGUGGGAGGAAACCGGAGUACCCGGAGAAAACCUCUCCUGACUGUGUGGCCAACAUUCUAACCACUAGACCCAUUUAUGUUGACCAACCAGUUCUUUUUAAUACUAAAAAAUGGCCACUUAAGUUGACGUCAACAUGAACGGAGACUGCUUUUUUUCUCAAAAAAACUUCAGGCCUUUGGACAAAUUUGUCAGUUUAUUUUGUCGUCUCAUCAACUUCCUCGUUAUCGCUACGCCGCAUUAAACAACGUCAGUCCUCCCGUUUAAAACUCCCAUAUUUUGCCCUUCUUUCCCAGCGCCCUCCUGUUUUUAGUUUGAGUUUUAAUUUUCAUGACAAAAAACAUCCUCUCCAGUUAUGCCAGAGCAGGACAGUUUGUGGUCCUCUCUGCAACACUCGGGCAACAUCGGCGUAACACAUCCUGUAACUGGUAAAGUCGGGCCUUCAAAAUAAAAGCAUGCCAGUAAAGUAACAUGGCGGAAAGAUCAGAAUUUUCCUUAUUUUGUGUUAUUUUUAAUUUUCAAAUGCAAAUAUAGGGAUGCAUAAAGACAUAAACAGGUUCCACUGUGUCUUACACCCCAAAAAAUAACAACUGUGUCGAUUUUUCAUGUGUUUAACAAAUUCAAAUGCGAAAUACGUCCAGCCGCAUACAUACACAAGCGACCCUCGGUGGAAAACGUUUGGACAGCCCUGCCCUAGAUCUAUAACGGUGCUGUCGUCAUUGACAACAAUAACAAAAAGUGUGACAGUACGAAAGAAAGCAAACCAUGAUGGGAGCAUCACUUAAAAAGAGGAUGUGGCAUUUUUUAGCACUUAUCAUUUCACAUCCAUUCUACAUAAGUCUCCCCUUUAAUGGUCUCAUAGACUGUAUAAAUGUAGAUGCAGAUUCAAUUCUAACGUUUGUGUUAUGAAUGAGGGGUGGAUCUGACUGUAUUGGAGAUAUAUGAGGGAAUAUGGAAGAUAACAGAUCAAGUUUGUAUUAUCUUUCAGUUUUCUGGAAUGACAGUAUUUUGCAGUGGGGAUUUAUUUUUUUGUCAAUUUAUCGAGAAGAAAAUGUGCGAGGUCAUGGAGAGAUUGUAAUUCCCCCCCAAAUGUGAAUGGCGGGGUCGAAGUCAGGGCUCUAAAGUUCUUCUACACCAAACUCCUUCAUGGACCUCGCUUUGUGAGGCACAGUAAGUCAAGUUGGAAGCAUACAAAUGUAUUUUGUGUGAGACUUUUGUAGAGUAGCCAUCUUGACCUGCAUCAUCCGCCCUUUUAUACAGUCUAUGCUCCUCACAGCAGCAAAGAAAAACUGCACUUCUGAACUUCACUCAUUCAGCAAAUCGCAUGUGUGCUUUUAUAGCUUUAUAGGCAUGCUGCUUUUGGCUGGGCGCUGCACAUGACGAUACGUUACAGGAAAGACCGGGCACAAUGACGUCUGGUGACUGUACACAAAGACUCGCUCAUGAAGGAAACGUGAAAAGGCAGUCAGUGCUGUGCGCACAUCAAUAAGGGCAAAGCACUCCACAUGCAUUGACUGUAAAGGGCAUCUUGGUCACAUGGUAAUGACAGAAUACUACAAGGUUACAUUGUUAAGUACAUAUAAAAGUAAAAAUGGUCAUCAGCGUUAUCAAUCACUUCAAAUCUGCAGUUAACGUAAAAUUAUUUUCAUUCAUUAAUAGGAAACUAGAAUGAAGUUCUACUUUAAAUACUUUCAUAUUAAAUCAUAAAAUAAUACAGAAAUACAGUGGAACCCGCUUAAGUUGGUUCUGCUUAUGUCGACCAACUCCUCGUGUGAUUAAAAAGUGUCCGCUUAAGGCGACCUUUAAGGACCAGUGGGGUUAUUUCUAUGAAAAAUCGGUCCGUUUAUGUCGACAUGUGUUGUAGUAUUGUUAACUUCACCAUUUUACUCUAAGCAGCGUGAAACCAACCACAAUAUAACUACUGUCUAGUUACACAGCAUUAAAACGUACACGCAGCGACUUCCUGCUCACUGCAAAGUAAGCUUCACAAUAACAGCUCGGCAGUAUUUACCUGGGUUCUCCCACAGCAACUAACAAAAUGCAGAUUUUUAAUUCCAUUUUUGAUCCCCAGCCACAGGAGAAAUGAUCUGAACGCACAGGAAAGCUUUAUUGUCAUUGUAGUCGAGACAUACAACAAAAUGACUGCAGCGGCUCUGUUACAAAAGAGUGUAAAACAUAACAUGAAAACGCAAGAAUAGAAAUAAAAUCUACACAAAUGGAGGAAGUGCCAAAAAUUCUUUUGAGCAAAGUCACACGUAAAUGUGCGAGCAAUGGCUGGUUUAGAUUUCAAUUUCGGUUGAGCUGACAACCACUUAUGUCGGCCUCAGUCCGAGGAGCGUCGACAUAAACGGGUUUCACUGUAUCAGCUAAUUUAAAGAUACUGUGAAGGAAAAUAAUGAACAGUCGGUUUCUCCGUUGACUCCAAUUGAACACCAAACCUGCAUUCAUCGACAUUUGGAGCAUUCAACUUUGUAAAAGUAUGAGAUUAUUCUGCACUACACGCGGAAUUAGAAUUAUAAAAACACCACAGAAUGCCAUGUCUACCUGUGGUUGUUGGUGUUUUAACUAAAGUUUUGUGUUCUGGUGGUAACCUACAAUGUAGCCCAGAUCCAGAAUCUGACCUCACGAUACAUGUUAUGCAUACGGAGAUUGACACACUCGUUUUUUAUGUUGUUGUUUUUCUGUUUCUGCUGGAUUGAAUAGACUAAUAGUAGCAUUUCUCUGAAGGACAGUUGCUUCAGUGAUAUUAUAUAUACUUGGUUUGGUUGGAAUUAUACGACAUAAUUGCAGGUUCAAAUAUCACCAAUGGGCUUGGCGAAUAGAAAAGGGGGGAUUUAAAACCUGGAUCUGUAUUUUUUUCACAAUACAGUCACGUCAUUGACAUUCAUUCACUUGUCAUUGACAAGUGAAUAAUGCCGUAAUGCCGAAUAAUGCCGUAUUUUGUAUACGCGUUUAUAUAUAUUGAACGUCACUUCAUUUCUCUACUGUCAGCAGAUACAAUAUUCUUGGUAGCUACUAGCUGGACAAAUAGGCGAAUAUAAUACAAGCUUUAUGAGUUGUGUGAAAGCACAUAUAGUUGGUAUAACUAACAAAACUGCACAUCUUUUUUUGGGCGUGGAAAUAAGCAAACAACAUUUUAAAUCGGACAAUGAGCUCACGCUGUAGCUUAAUGAUAUGAUCAAACACUUACUUUUAUUGUUUGUGCAUGUGAAAAGGCUUCUCACUGGUGUGUUUUUCCAGUACUAAAUGUUUAAGCUGCUGCAAAUGGUGCAGCUACCAAACCCAAUUACUGUAAGAGCAAGACAUCACGGUCCUUAUUAGGCUUGAAUCUUUUAUAAGCUGUGUGGGCUGGAUCACGUAAUAUUUAUGUUAGAGCAGAUGAACACUGUCUGUAAUGAAUUCUCUAGUCUUUUUCUAUUUGGACAGGUGAAUUGUCAACUAUACGAUGUAUUUUAGAGGCAAUCUUCACCCGCUGUUUGUGUUCUUCAUCACACGGGUUCACAGAAUUGCAUUGAGACUAUUUUGUGGCAUGCGGAUUUCCCAGAAAGAAGCGCGGGCGAUGAUGUGUUUGUGGUGAAUGUUGCUGGAAUUGUUCACAUUUAUUUCUACAAACGGAUCUCGCCUGCUUCAAUGAGGAAAUGUGACAAGGAGAGGAAGCAUUUUAAAGACACUGACCUUCUGAGAGAACUCUGAAUCCUUUCAAUCAUCUCUCAUCAACUAUGUGCCAUAUUUGAUCUUGCAACGCGUACAAGACAAAAACUAUCGUGUAAUAUAAUUAUUCUCGCAUUAUUAUGUUUUUUUUUUGUCCCAUUUGUGAAUCAUACUGUGUAACAAUCUUUGUUGAAACUGAAAUCUACUAGUGUUGAUAGAAUACUGAUGCUGCAGUCUGUUACUAUGUGGAGGUAUGACUAUGUAUGCAAGAAAGAACAAGUUGAUCAGCUGUUACAGGUACUUUGUAUUAAAACAUUUACAAGCAACGUGGUCUCGGCUGGCUCAUUUAAUAGACAAAUGAUCGCCUUUGCAUUACAGCAGUUGGGAGACAUAGUCUCUCCAACAUGUCCUGGGUCUACCCCGAGGCCUUCUACCGGUCGGACUCCCCAGGGAGGUGUCCGGGAAGCAUCCUGACCAGAUGUCCAAGCCACCUCAUCUGGCUCCUCUCAAUGCGGAGGAGUAGCGGUUCUACUCUG